AUCCGUGACCAACAUCAACACGAUCGAAUGCACGAACUACAUGAAUCCUCCGGCUCCUCGAGUGGUGGUGAGCAAGAUGAUAGGCAAGCCGGGCGAAGCCCGCUCGUUCGACUGUGGGCCCGCGGGCCUCAGCGGAAUGCUCCUGAAAGCGUCGGCCGUGGUGGAUUCCAUCCAACCCAUCUGCGGCACGGACCUGGGCACGAAGGACGUCAACGCGUACAUCAAAGGCUACCCCUGGUCCACCGGUGCUUCCAUCGGCGGACCUAACGCGCCCCAGUUCGCUCAAUGGUGUGCAGCCGGCAGUCGACCGGCCGGCGACAAGGCUCUCAUAACAUCCAUCUCAGGAGGCCCGGCGAACAACGGCAACCACCCUAAUGAUCUCAGCAAGUUGUCGUUCACGUGCAAAGACUUUGCGGAAAUCGAUGCCGUGAAGAACGAUCCAGAGCGGACGGCGGACGUCUGCAUCGGGACGGAUCCGCUGACGCCCGAACUGUCCGGCGCGAUCGACUGCAAUGGUUCGAUGAAGGGUUACUGCACCGGUACUCGGGCCUGGUCCAACAAGUGCAACAUCUACGUCGGCAAGGUUCCGACGCAAGCCGCCGAUCAAGACAGAGCGAAGAUGGACCACUGCUCGACGGGUCAGAACUACAAGAGUCAGGUCUGUCAAGACUUUUGCCUCGCCGGCGGAGUCGACAUGUACGUCCCCGGCGGCCCGGGAAGGCCCGCCUUCAAAGAUCAGUGUAACGUGCUCUAUGCGAACAAGUGCAAGGGGGACUCUUCGGACCUGUGCUCCUGCGUCAACAAACCCCGUCUAGAAGACUGGGGGGCGGACCAGACGUACCAAGCGGUGAUGAGCGCCGUGAACGGAACGGCAGGAGCGAAUCGCAAUCCCCAGUGUUACUUCGGACCUUGCAAGGAAAGAGGCUACAAGGCCGUCAGCUUCUCGAAAGCUGGAUGCCCGAGCUGCUUGAACAGCAUCACCGUCUCAGGAACCGACGGAGGAGUCGCUAGCCUGGGCAGUGCCGUCCAGUCCUGCCUCGCCAGCGAUGCGCCGGCACCAGCCGCCGCUCCCUCUCCCUCCAAGAGCGGCACGUCCUCCGGUUCCUCGGGGUCCCUUCAGACGCCAGCGCCCUCUCCACCCAAGGGGUGGCUGUAUGCUUUGCUCAUCCUCAUCGCCGUCGUCCUCGUCGCAGCGCUGCUCGAGUGGGUCUUCACAGGCGACAAACCCACUCCGAGACCCGCAGCUUCCACCAUGAACCAUGCGCCGACCUAG